AUGUCAGACCUCGACUUCGCUGAUAACGUGGAGGGAAACGAAUCGUCGGGGAAUGGGAUAGUGUCAGGUUUGGGCAUUGUCGGUGCUGUGCAGGAUCGGAAUGAAACAGCAAGCAACGAAAGCUACUUAACAUUCCGGCCUCUUCCCUCGCCCCAAAGCCAAUCUUUCGAGGAUCCGGUGGAUAAUUUAGUGUCUUCCAAUAUUAAGAUUCAGGCAUAUCUACAAGGCCGGUUCACACAUAACGAUGAAGCUGGUUUACCUAGCACUCAUCACGAACAUGCGGUCGAUGUUACAAACGGCACGGACGAUAAGGACACAAUCGGACUUAUUUUCUAUCGUCGCAAUAAGUUCAAGGUUGUGGGAACAGUAUCUGUGCCGACUUCAAUUACCGACAUCAGACACGGGAGUCCUAGCGCCUCACGAGUAACCGGUCUUUAUGCUGAGUUAGAUGCCAUAGAGAGCCUCGAGGGUGUCCCUGUGGGUCUUAUAUACACAAGCCCAAAGCCAAACACGACGCAACUGGAGCGGUCAAGCGAUCAAAAUGAUUCGGACCGGGUGUCAACAACACGAACAACCCAAGGGCCUCCUCGAGUUUGCCUUUGGCUAGAUAAAAGCGACUACAAUGGCGAAUUUAUCUCGGAUUACAUGGAGAACAACUCAGGACUUUCUAUCCCUAUAUUUUGGGACAAAUUACAAUUCCGUCAUGCGACAGCAAAGAAGCGUGCUAGUGGCAAUAUUUCUACCUUCGGGUGA